AUGCAGUUUCUUCAUUUUCCUAAUGAGUAUGAAGUGGUGGUGCAGGGUGAACUUGAAUAUGACCAGAUUCUGGCAGUGGUUAAACAAGUAGACAUUGUGAUCUGUGCUCUUCCAUACCCUCAACUCAUGGAGCAACUCAAAAUCAUAGAUGCUAUCAAAGUUGCUGGGAACAUAAAGAGAUUCAUUCCAACAGGUUUUGGUGCAGAAGAAGAUAGAAUAAAUCCUCUUCCUCCAUUCCAAGCUGUGCUUGAUGAGAAAAGAAAAAUCCGAAUGAACAUUGAAGCAGCUGGAAUCCCUUACACUUGUAUCUUGGCAAAUUGUUGUGCUGCAUAUUUCAUCAACUAUUUGCUUCGACCACAUGAGAAAGUGAAGGACAUUGUUGUCUAUGGCAAUGGUGAAGCCAAAGCUGUACUGAAUUAUGAGGAAGACGUGGCUAUGUACACUGUUAAAGCAGCAAAUGAUCCAAGAACAUGCAAUCGUGUGGUUUUCUGUCAACCUUCCAAGAAUAUCAUAUCACAAAAUGAGUUGAUAUCAUCAUGGGAGCAAAAAUGUGGUCAAACUUUUACCAAGACUUUUAUUCCUGAGGAAGAAAUUGUUAAACUCUCAGAGAGUUUACCUUCCCCCCACAAUAUUCCACUUUCCAUAAUUCAUAGUGUGUUUGUGAGAGGGGACAUGGUGAGCUUUGACAUUGGAGAAGAUGAGCUUGAAGCUUCAUUGCUGUAUCCUGAUUACAAUUAUGUAUCCAUUCAUCAAGUUCUUGACAUCUUUCUUCUUCACCCUCCCACCCCUGCAACUGCAGUUUUUGGAUGA